AUGGCUUCUCUGGAUGACCCCGGGGAAGUGCGGGAAGGCUUCCUCUGCCCUCUGUGCCUGAAGGACCUGCAGUCAUUCUAUCAGCUGCAGUCACAUUAUGAGGAGGAACACUCCGGGGAAGACCAUGAUGUCAGAGGGCAAAUUAAAAGUCUUGUUCAGAAGGCUAAAAAAGCAAAGAACAGGCUGUUAAAACGAGAAGGAGAUGACCGAGUGGAGUCAGGAACCCAAGGAUAUGAGUCUUUCAGCUAUGGAGGGGUUGAUCCUUACAUGUGGGAACCCCAGGAGCUUGGUGCUGUGAGAAGCCAUCUUUCAGACUUUAAAAAACACCGAGCCGCCAGGAUUGACCACUAUGUUGUUGAAGUCAAUAAAUUAAUAAUCAGGUUGGAAAAGCUCACUGCAUUUGACAGAACGAAUGCUGAGUCAGCUAAGAUCCGAGCAAUAGAAAAGUCUGUGGUGCCUUGGGUCAAUGACCAGGAUGUCCCUUUCUGUCCAGACUGUGGGAAUAAGUUUAGCAUCCGUAACCGCCGCCACCACUGCCGGCUCUGCGGGUCUAUAAUGUGCAAGAAAUGUAUGGAGCUCAUCAGCCUUCCCUUGGCAAAUAAGCUCACCAGUGCCAGCAAGGAUUCCCUGAGCUCCCACACGAGCCCUAGCCAGUCACCCAACAGUGUCCAUGGCUCUCGCCGGGGCAGCAUCAGCAGUGUGAGCAGUGUAAGCUCCGUCCUGGAUGAGAAGGAUGAUGACCGGAUCCGCUGCUGUACCCAUUGCAAGGGCACGCUGCUCAAGAGAGAGCAGCAGAUUGACGAGAAGGAGCACAUCCCCGACAUUGUGAAGCUCUAUGAGAAACUACAGCUUUGCAUGGAGAAAGUUGACCAAAAAGCUCCUGAAUACAUCAGGAUGGCAGCAUCAUUAAAUGCUGGAGAGACAACCUAUAGGCUGGAACAUGCCAAUGACCUUCGGGUAGAAGUGCAGAAAGUGUACGAGCUAAUAGAUGCUUUAAGUAAGAAGAUCUUAACCUUAGGCUUGAACCAGGACCCUCCACCACAUCCAAACACUUUGCGGCUGCAGAGGAUGAUCAGACACUCGGCUACACUUUUUGUGCAGGAGAAGUUGCUUGGUUUGAUGUCACUGCCAACCCAAGAACAGUUUGAAGAACUAAAGAAAAGGAGGGAAGAGAUGGAAAGGAAGAAGAUGCUAGAGAAACAGGCAUCCCUGGAAUCCCAGCGAAGGCUUGAGGAAAGGCGGAGUGACCUGCCACCUCGGGCCAAUGGGGAGGUGGUGCACCUUCGAAGGGGCUCUGCCCCCUUGAGAAAGGCCGAGGGCUGGCUCCCACUGUCAGGAGGUCAGGGGCAGAGCGAAGACGUGGACCCCCUCCUCCAGCAGAUCCACAACAUCACCUCGUUCAUCAGGCAGGCCAAGGCCGCCGGCCGGACAGACGAGAUGCGCACCCUGCAGGAGAACCUGCGGCAGCUGCAGGACGAGUAUGACCAGCAGCAGACGGAGAAGGCCAUCGAGCUGUCCCGCAGGCAGGCCGAGGAGGAGGGCCUGCAGCGGGAACAGCUGCAGAUGCUGUGUGAACGGGAGUGGGAGCGGGAAAGGGAGCAGUUCCAGGCGGCAUCUUUGCACACACGGACCCGGUCCCUGGACUUCCGAGACAUCAGGCCUUUUCAGCUGGAGCCCAGCACAGAGCCUUGCACCCCCCUUGCUCAUGCUUUGGAUCUGGGUUCUUCCCCCGUUCAGAGCAGUGCAGCUCCCAAGACCCCUUCACCCAGCUCUGCUCUUGAGCCUCUCAGAGUGUGGUCUGGGCCUGCAGCCCUUGGCCAGGAGUUCUUUCCCCAGAGCACCGGGUCACAGCAACGCGAGGGGCCCUCCCUAAAUCCCUUCGAGGAGGAGGACUCCCCCAGCCCCGCAGCAGAGGGCCCGACCAGCCCUCGUGCUGCAGAGCCUUCCUUGGGCCCUGCAUCCCGCGUCCUCAAAGAGUACAACCCUUUUGAGGAAGACGAGGAAGAGGUGGCAGCGGCAGGGAAUCCCUUCGCUAACUCCGGCAGCCCAGCACCCAACCCCUUCAGUGAGGAAGAUGAGCGUCCUCACCAGAGGCCCUCAAGCCCUCCCGCUCCUGGCAACCCCUUCGAGGAAGCCACCGGGACCAACCCCUUCGAGGUGGACAGCGACAGCGGGCCAGAGGGCGAGGGGCCCAUAGAGGAGGAGCUGCUCCUCCAGCAGAUCGAUAACAUCAGGGCGUACAUCUUCGAUGCCAAGCAGUGCGGGCGCCUGGAUGAGGUGGAGGUGCUGACAGAGAACCUGAGGGAGCUGAAGCGAACCCUGGCCAAACAGAAGGGGGGCUCCGACUGGCCACUGGGCAGGUAG